AUGGCAACGAAUGGGCAGUCAUUUUAUGAGCUCUAUCGCCGUAGCAGCAUCGGCAUGGCACUCACAGAUACGCUGGACGACCUGAUCAGCGAUCGUCGAAUCGAGCCUCAAUUAGCCAUGAAAAUUCUGGCAAAUUUUGAUCGUAGCAUCACUGAAGUUUUAGCUGACAAAGUCAAGGCUCGGCUGACAUUCAAGGGGCACCUUGACACCUACCGGUUCUGUGAUGAAGUCUGGACCUUCUUGAUAAAAGAUGUUACUUUCAAGAUGGAAAAUUCCAGCCAGACCGUACAAGCUGAUAAAGUUAAGAUCGUUAGUUGCAAUAGCAAGAGGCCUGGAGAGACAUAA